ACAAAAUACAGCCAAAACGUGUUAAAUAAUAACAAAGUAGAUAUAAAUAUGUUUGUACAACAUUAUUGUUUAUAAAACGUGUGUUAUUUUACGUUGCUAAUGUCUAAACUAAUAAUUUAUAACAUGUAAGUUUUUGAGGUUAUACCCAAGUCCAUUAUGUUCGUUGAAAAAAGCAUUUUCAACUUCAAAACCUUCAUAAAACUCCGAAAAGUAUACUCAAAAGUCUCCAAAAGACCCUUCAGCACCUUUCUAUCCGAAGACCUGCACACAGACUUCUCGAUAACAAAUGUAAAGAAGUCUUUGAAAUCGAACAAAGUCACAUUCGAAGAUGGCUUUGUCAACAUUGUCACCGAGUGCCCCUUUUGUGAAGUCGACACAAACGAAAACAAGAAUAGAGUUUAUAUAAACAAAACUACAGGUUUAUUUAUUUGUCCGAAAUGCAAGUAUACGAAUCAAUGGAAUAUUUUGGAGAGGUUUUUAGCGCAGCAGAAGUCUGCGAAGUUUAAAAUCGAUUUGCAGAAUGUUAGGAGUGAGAUUUGUAAUUGUAGGGCGAGAGGAGCGCAGGAGUGGGAUUAUUUAAUAAAGGAUACAAAGGUUGUUACGGAAAGUAUGGUUAAACAGGAUGAGGAUUUUUUGAGGAGGUUUAAUUUAGAGGAAAUUCCCGCAGAUAUAAUUGUACAAUCAGAGGCUCGUGUCGAUGAGAAACAUGAAAAUAUAUACUUUCCUUUACACAAUGCCGACAAUCAAUUAGACGGCUUCAAGGUUAUAAAUAGUUUAAACGGUCGAGAAUCAACUUUACCACCAGUGGGUUGCAGUGGACUUGCAACUAUGAAGAAAACUUCUACUUCAACAAAAACUAGUGCUUCCAAGUCGGCCGUUUUAGUAUUAUCGAUUAAGGAUUUUUUGGCGUUGCAUACACAGAAAAUUAAUAGUACUCCUGUUUGUCUUCCCUACGGUUUAAAAUCGUUACCCCAACAAUGUCUUCCGGCCCUUGAGAAUUAUUCAAAAUUAAUUUUGUGGUUUUUUGGAAACGAUGCCAAUAAUUGGGACACUUCGAGGAAUUUUGCAAAGAAAUUGAGCGAAAAACGUUGUUUAUUUAUAAGGCCUACAGAAAAUCAACAAAGACCCUACCAAGCGAUAAGUACAAAACAAGAUCUAAAACAGAUUUUAUCAAAUGCCCAAACGAUUUGGCAUAAGGCUAUCACAAGUUUUAGUGCUUUGCGAGAAGAUGUUCUGUUGGAAUUGCAAAAUAUAGAAAAGGUAGCUGGUGUCAAAUGGAAACGUUAUCCUGUCUUGAAUCGAAUAUUAAAAGGACACAGACGAGGUGAGCUGACAGUUUUAACAGGACCUACGGGCAGUGGAAAGACUACAUUUAUGAGCGAAUAUUCUUUGGACUUGGCAAUGCAAGGGGUUAGUACUCUAUGGGGUAGUUUUGAGAUCCAGAAUGCACGAUUGGCUCGAGCAAUGCUGCAGCAGUUUAGUGGAAUUAAAUUAGAUGAUAAUCUGCAGGAGUUUGAUUAUUGGGCUGAUAAGUUUGAGGAGUUGCCGAUUUAUUUUAUGAUGUUCCAUGGGCAGCAGAGUAUUAAAGUCGUUAUGGAUGCAGUAGAACACGCCCAAUACGUCCACGACAUCUCCCACGUCAUCAUAGACAACGUCCAAUUCAUGAUGGGGAUAUCCUUCGACGACCGCGGUGGCGCCGCCAACGACAAGUUCCACAGACAGGACUCGAUCAUAGCUCACUUCAGACAGUUUGCGACCAGGAAGAACUGUCAUGUCACUUUGGUCAUACAUCCGAGGAAGGAGAGGGACAGCGAGGAUCUGAAUGUGCAUUCUAUAUUUGGAAGUGCUAAGGCUACGCAGGAGGCUGAUAAUGUGUUGAUUGUGCAGGAUAAGAGGUUGAGUUCUGUUAGAGGGAAGAAGUAUUUGCAGAUUGCCAAAAACAGAUACAGUGGAGACUUGGGUAUAAUGCCAAUGGAGUUUGAUAAAACCAGUUUAAGUUAUGCAAGUAAAAAGAAAAGGUCUGAGGAAAAGUCUGAGAAACAAGAACAACAAUAA